GCUUAAAUCAAACUUUGUACGAUGGAAUAUGAUUUGAUUAUUGUGGGUGCUGGUGUGGUAGGCUGUGCCGCUGCAAGGGCAUUUGGAGAAGAUGGACGUAAAGUGCUCUUAUUAGAACGUGACCUGUCUGAGCCGGAUCGCAUUGUAGGUGAGCUAAUGCAACCAGGUGGUAUGCAAGCUUUAGAAGAACUAGGCAUGAAAGAUUGCACCGAGAACAUUAAUGCUGUGAACUGUUUCGGCUAUGGUGUCUACCGAAAUGGACAAUACGUUGAGCUUCCUUAUACAGAUAACCCAGCCAGUGGUAAGCAGUACCGUGGUGUCUCGUUUCAUCAUGGUCGUUUCAUCCAAAGCUUACGAGCCUCUGCCACACGUACUGCUAACGUUACGGUGCAAGAACGAACAGUAUCUCGCCUGAUUGAAAAGGAUGAUAAAGUUAUAGGGGUAGCUACGAUGCAAGGGAAGAAAGAAGAGGAAUUUUAUGCGCCGCUUACGUUAGUUGCGGACGGGAUUUUCUCCAAAUUUCGAAAGGAGUUCACUGAUAUACAAACCGACGUAAUGUCCCAUUUUGUUGGCUUUAUUAUUCACGAUUAUCAGUUACCAUUUCCACAAAAGGGCUUUGUAUGUAUCGCCAAACCAUCACCCAUUUUGAUGUAUCAGAUUAGUGAACAUGAUACCCGUAUUCUUGUGGAUGUUCCCGGUCGAGACUUACCGAAAUCUGGCGAGCUUAAAAAGUAUAUGGAAGAAAUUAUCUGUCCUCAAAUUCCUAGCGAUAUGCAAGCCAAAUUUAUGGAGGCGCUUCAAACAGAACGCUUACGGCCUAUGCCUUCAGGUUUUUUACCACCGACCAUCAACCAACGUAACGGCACUAUUCUUUUGGGCGAUGCGUUAAAUGUAAGAUCACCGCUGACAGGUGGUGGGAUGACAGUGGCGUUGAGGGAUGUGAUCACAUGUCGGGAAUUAUUGUCAAGAGAGAAUAUUGCAUCCUUUGAGGACUCUGAUCUAAUUUUGCAAGCUAUGGGCGCAUUUCACUGGAAACGCAAACGUUACUCAACCUGUAUAAAUGUGUUGGCUAUGUCGUUGUAUGCACUAUUUGCAGCUCAGACACCCGAGAUGCUGGUGCUUCAAAACGGCUGUUUUGAAUAUUUCAAGCUGGGAGGUGAUUGUAUUGAUGGUCCUAUUGAACUCUUAUCAGGCAUUCGACAAUCACCAUUAUCAUUGAUUUAUCAUUUCUUUCGCGUGGCUUUCUAUUCUAUUCACAUCAUGUUUCAAACUGGCACCAUCUAUCAUAACCUGAUUCAAGCAUGGUCUGUUUUUUAUACAGCCUGUGUUGUGAUCUUGCCCUUUCUAUGGGGCGAGUUCAAGCUUUAACAUAUAUACCCCCCCCCUUAUAAUAAAAUCAGGCCAUUUUUUUUUUACAUGUGAUUUAUAAUUAAAAU